GCAGAAUUUACCUACCUUAUGUUAUUGAGUCUUCAAUUCAUCGAAGCUACAUGUGUGGCGAAGUAGGAUGAUAUCUAGGCACCUUAGGUACCUUAUCUUCAAGAGACCAACAUGCCGCAGCCUCGUCGCAUGGAAUCUCGCGACAAACGAGAUUUCAGCUUGCGUCUGAUCGCCCCUGCAGAGUCCCAGAGCAAAGUACUAUACAAGAACACUCAUUGCAGACAGAGAAGCGGUCAACCUCCCAUUCAACAGAGUGAAAAGCCAAAAGGUGGGAACCUGCCUGCCGUUCGGGCAUUUGGUCCCUAUCGCUGUUAGAUAGCAGAUGCCAUGGAGUCAAACACUAGACUGCCCGAUUGUCCGAGUGUAUAACUGGCUUCAAAAACGGAUAACAUCUGGUAGAGUAUAGGUAGGUAGGUAGGUAAAAGGUAUCGAAGACCAUCGCCGAGUCUUGGAGAAAUUUGAGCUCCCGGGACGGAUCGUGAUCGUUAAGGGCUUCCUAGGUAGGUAGGGAUAGCCGGUAUCUGCUACUACUAGGAGGCACUGGACCACUCAGUCAGCGCAAGUUGACAAUCUCAGGUUUGCUUGGAAUCCGAAUCUUACCUCUGGUCCGAAUGAUCGAUCCCUAUCACGUCCAUUGCCACACCCUGGUGUGUCCUUUCUACUUCAGUUUGCAUCGACAUCUGCAAAUGUUUUGUCCAUCAUUUUCUGCCACAGCGAGAUAGUUCCAGUCCGCCGACUCCCCAGAUCUUCCUGCUCGUUUGCAAGGCCAGGCACAACCGCCUUGAUCUCUUAUAACCGCCUCACAUUCCGGUUGCCCCCCUUGCCCUGGUUUUGUGCCGUACCAGUCGCAGUUAUAGUAUGCCUGGUCCCGGCCGAGAGGAGAGUAGUCGCAACCACCAAAGUAUAUAGGAGGUCUCUGAAAGGUUCUGUCAGCUGCGGCCAUGGUGGCGAAGAGCAUGACGCCAAAGUGGAGUUUGAGCAUCUUGAUGAAGGAAGUAUCGAGAUUUGGGCGGAGGAAAUAAAUUUGACUUGGUCGAGUAUGGAAGAGAUGGGUCUACGAGAAUGAACAGCAGUAUUUGUCGCUCGUACAAUUGGCAGUAGCAGAGCCUAUUCGUAUACCGUGAAACACCGGGUAUAGUCAUGAAGGUUUUGCAAUCAAGCAAUAAGCCCUGCGCAGCCCUGAGGCUGAGUGAGUACCGUGCUUCUACCGGGAACCCCAACAACUAGGCUCAAGCUAGGAG